GUUAUAGGAGCCUCCAAUGGCAUGGGGACCCAUAUAGAAACACUAUCACCACAGACUUUGGUCGUGUUUCUGAAGGUAUCAUACCAGCCCACCAGCCUGUUCUAGGAGCUGUGCAGGCUAACCUCUCAACAGGCAACUUGGGGCACCAACUUUGCUUACUCCUGGGUAACAAUGUUUGCCAAACUCUCUGUCCUCAUUUUCUACAGACGGGUCAUGGGCCAUCACACCUGGUUUAAGUGGGCGGCAGAUUGCAUGAUCGUGUUCAUUCUACUGAUAGGCAUCGGAAGUGAGGCCAUUCUCUUUUCCCAUUGUCGGCCGUUUGCCUAUUACUGGAAUAGAACCAUUCCAAAUGGGUAUUGCUGGAACUUGGAGCUUUUCUAUUUCGUUAAUGCGGGCGUGAAUAUCGUCGCAGACGUGGUGAUCACCUUUUUGCCCUUGCCCCUCUUGUCUCAGCUGUGAGCGAUCCGGUAGUAGGGCCCGGCACGUUUUGCUACUAUCAUACUAACGCAUUCAUACAGUGAGCUGCCUAAAAGACAGAAAAUUGGUCUUUGCGUGAUAUUCAGUCUUGGGGGCUUGUGAAUUCUCAAAUACCAUCCAUCCUCUUCCACGGGGUAGCUAAUGCUGUUCCGCAGGGCAUGCGCCAUUAGCGCCGUCCGCGUCUUCCAGCUUCCGGCCCUUAACCAUACCAAAGACAUAACCUGUGCGUGUCCCUUCCGAACUUCCUUCCAAUCCAGAAGGGAAGUUGACCCAUCUCUUUAGGGGACAUCACCAGUGCAAUGCUUUGGUAUUUUGUCGAAGCACACUUGAUUAUAAUAGCAGCGUGUGGUCCCGCGCUGCAACCCUUCUUCCGCCGCUACCUGCCA